GGGCAAUCAUAUCUACUACAUCAAUGCCAUAGACCCUGCUGGCGUCACGAGUAGAAUCUUACCUUCCCGAGAAACACUCUAAUUCGAGACCAUCCACCAACCACCUUUCACCAAUUCUGCCCCCCCCAAACCUGGAAGACAAUGGCCAACCGAGAGUCGCACACGGAGGCACAGCAGGGGCCGCCACCGGCACGCCGCAGCUCUGGCGGGACGAGCUCCAAGCUUCGCGAUAGCUGCCAUACCUGUGCGGUAUCCAAAGUCAAGUGCCCCAAGGAGAAGCCGACAUGCUCGAGAUGUGAGAGCCGCGGUACGCCUUGCCAGUAUUUCCUCACGAAACGGCCGGGCCGUCGUCGAGAGAGCGAAAUCAAUGGCAGUCGUGCUGGCAACAACAGGUCCGGUACGAGCGUGAACGGCUCCAACCAGAGACACGAAGCCGAUGGCGACGGCGGCCGCUCUAGAAAUAGGGAGAGGGAUGGGGACACAAUCCGAGCUGCACCGCCAUCUCUGAGCGACCGGUUUUUCUCACGGAGCACAACACCUCCCAACACCAGAUCUCCCCAGAGGGACAGCUACCCCGGCACACCGACACAUCCAACCUUGCCAUCACCGCCGCCGCUGGACCAUGUUCUGGUGGCGAACCCGUCCGAUAUUUUCUCCGCUCUCGGAGAGGAUGGGCUCUUCCCCGACUUUGCGGAUUUCAACUCGGACGUCAACGACAUGGACUUUGUCAUGUCCGGAAUCGACUCCCCGUUCGGAUUGCUUAUGCUGGAUACUGGCGGCGGCGGGAACAUCGCAGUCGCCGGACCGAGACCGGACAUCGGGUCCCUGCUCAUGCCGCUCGAGAGCAACGGCAACGACCUCACGGCGGGUUCCGAAACAUCUUCAACCGGGGACGCCCCGAGCGCGUCUUCCUCCGCAGUUCCGUCCUCGCUCGAGUCCAGCGCCCAAUCCCUGACGGCCAGUCUCAGCAACGUCCCCCGCGCCAUCGAGUCGCCGUCAUGCGGCUGCUUGAUGCAGGGCCUCGAUUUGCUCAAGGUCCUCAGCUCGACCCAAUCAACGCCGCACACCUCCUCCAGCGGCGGUACGCCCGAGCCUUCCCUGGGUAUCGACAUCCUCAGCAGCAGCAACAGCAGUACGAGCAGCAUGAUCGGUAGUGACAGUCUAGCUCGGGCGGUCCUCGAAAGGAACAAGCAAAGCAUCGAGGCGGUCAACCACAUGCUCGCGUGUGUCUCGUGCACCGGUGACAGCUUCCUGCUCACCGUAUCGUCCAUGAUCGUGCUCAAGGUGCUGGAGCGGUAUGCGUCGGCGGCACGGGGCUGCCGGAGCGGGAUAGGCGAGACAGACCUCGGCCGGGUCGCCAACAUGAUGAUGGCGCAUGGCGGCGCCUACGCCGACCAGGGCCUCGAGCGCCGGUCGGCGCAGGUGGUGCUCAGCGAGCUACAUCGCGUGCAGAGGGUCGUGAAUCAGCUGUCGCCAAAGCUGAAGGCUCCGCUUGCCGAUGGAGGUGGGCAGGGUAUCGGUUCGGAGCUGGACUUUUGGGGCCAGGGUCACCAUAUGACGGUGGGGGUCGGGCAGAGGAGGGAUACGACGCCCGCGUCGUUCUCGACGGAUACGUUGAAUCGGCUAGAGAAGGAUGUUCGCAAGAGUCUGAGCUCGCUGUCUUCCGACAUUAUCGAGGUGCUGCGCCAGAGCUAGAUCAGACAAGAGGGGGCGAUUGGAAGAGAUGGCAAAGACUUAAAAUCCGCAAUAGAACUUGGGGAAAGGAGGCAGCAAGGGGUUU